CCACAAUCAAGCAGAUGGUUCGCUCACACCAAGCUCCUGCAAGCAAAUCUUCAUUCAAGCUCUCUGUAUGUCAUCAACAAGGGUGGGAGUGUCUGAUUAAGUUCCUGAAGUGUUAUAAAAAAAAACUCAUGAUGUGGUCUCUGGAAAAGCGGUUGAAUAGAAAAUGCUUAUGAUUCCGGAUAGCUAACAAGCAAAGACUAUGUGUUUGUAAUAUCAACAUAUUAUGUCGAGAUCUUAGCUCAUUGUUUGUACUUUCUAUUGCAUUUUUGUUCUUACGUGAUGAUUUGUGCUACACAACAUCUGUAACAUCUGUUUUAUUUCAUACGAUAGUAUUUUGAAUCUGCCUAUAUCUACAAAAAAGCUAACUAAUAAGACUGUUUUUAGGUGAAGGAGGAUCAGUUCACGAGAGUAGUCAUUCCUAAGCUUACUAAUUCAAGUGCAUUAGGGUCCAAGGGCCAAAUUCAGUGACGAAAGUGAUAAUAACACAUGUAUUGUGAUGGAAGUUCAGGAUCAAAUGCUAGGUUCUUCCACAAUGCUCGCUUUUGAUUCACUUGGAUUACGCCGUCUUGAAAAUGUUGCUUUUGGAGAAAAUAGCAAUGGUGUUGCCGGUGAUACCUAAUGGGAGUAGACAUGAUGUAGUCGAUGGGACGGUUAAUUCAUCAUAUCUGUGGUCUGAAUGCACAGUCCUUCGUUUGACAAAAAAAUAUGCGCCAGCAGAACACGACUAAUCCAUUAUAUUGGAUUGCCAACAUUGGUGACAGUGUUGCGAGUGAAAGUAAUGAUGGUCAUGUUCGUAUUACUAUUUUUGAAGAUUUAUUGAUAUGCAGAGAUGGAGAUCCUAUAGUUGCGAAUGUUGAAAGCAUAUUUCCGGAAUAUGUUGAAUCUAUAGGUGAUAUGAGUUGUUUGUGCGACCGUACAGCCUUGACACCAACACUGGCUGUGGUUGAAGCUGUUAAUGACUAUAUGACAACUCUUAAUGUUGGUGAAGUUUCAAGAACAUAUUUUAGUUCUGACAGUGUUUCUAAUUAAAGGUAGGUAGGGACCCCUGAUACUUUUGUGAAAUAUCGAUCAUUCAAUGGGGUUGUGUAACGGGACACGUCUUAUCCUAACGAUGCUCAGUGAACAUGUUUUUGAGGAGAAAAUUUUAACUAGUGUGAGUGCUGGACAAAAAGUAUUAAUUCAUAGAUGGUCCUUGACGUCAUCCGAUGCCAGCUUGCCUUUCAAAUUUCAUAGGCGACAAUAUCCUGUUAUGACUUCAUACGCUAUGACUAUAAAUAAUAGUCAAGGUCCAUAUUUGUCCUGUGUUGGGUUGUUGUUGAAAAAAACGGUAUUUACCCAAGGAUAGUUGUAUGUUGCAGUAUCAAGGGUUACUAAUCAUUGUGAUUUGAAAAUUCUAAUUGUUGAUGAAGAUGAAGGAACCAGUGACAAGACUCCGAAUGUUGUAUUCAAAGA